GGCGGAACCCGUCGCGCGUGAUCGUGUGAGGGGGACGGAAGAGUCGCGCUGCAGUCCGUCCGUGUUUCGAGUCCGUCGCUCAUGGCGGAGUACGUGCACAUAGUGCGGCGGGCCGCGGGUCAGCUCACCGGUCACGGCGGGGUUAAAGGCUUCCUCCUGCAGCUCUUCAGGGUGAAUGAUAUAAAGACCGGAGCCUUGGUGGGUAUUGACAAAUAUGGAAACAAAUACUAUGAGGACAACAGAUACUUUUUCGGCCGUCAUCGAUGGGUGAUUUACACCACGGAGAUGAACGGCAGGAACACUCUGUGGGACGUGGAUGGCAGCAUGGUCCCUGCCGAAUGGCACCGCUGGCUGCACUGCAUGACGGAUGACCCCCCCACCACUCACCCUCCAGAGCCCAAGAAGUUCCUGGCCAGAGUCCAUCAGUUCAACAACAGCGGCACACCGAACUGCUACGUACCCUACUCCACCACUCACAAGAAGAUCCACGAGUGGGUGCCACCAAAAGCCGGGGAGAAGUAAUCCCCUCAUUCCGUCUGUGUUCCCUUUACCGCCUCUGACCAGUUCUGCCGUUUGCCACAUUCUGUAACUUGUAGCUUUCUAAUUAUCAAUAAACGAAAACUAAUGUCUUUA